CUCACUUUAGUAAUCGUGAACAUGGAUCGUAUCAAGGACACUCUGUACGACUUCAGCCUCCCUUGAUUCACCUCGUCAUUUCAAACUCACAUACAACAUCCCCCUCAUCACGCGCCAAUUGAAGCCCCCAUCACUGCGCGCGCAUGAAUGCUUCCAAUCGCUAGAUCAAGACAAUCCGUCAGCAUGGGCGGGCAACAGCCGGAUCUGCUGCCUCGCUCCGAGCACGAAGAUAAGCCCUCAUCGUCAGCCCCAGCCUCGCGCUUCAACAGAGACAAGAUCAGAUGCCUCGACGGUCUGCGCGGAAUCGCAUGUCUUCUUGUCUUCAAUUACCAUUUCUUCUGGCCAUGGACGCCUGCCAUCAUGUUAGGCUAUGGCGCGUUCCCUCCCCGCGCGCCUGAGCCGUAUUGGGGACUGCAGUCGUUGCCUAUUAUUUGUCUCUUGCAUCGUGGACGUGCUAUGGUUGCCAUUUUCUUCGCCAUCUCGGGUUAUGUUAUUUGCCGCCAUAUUCUCCGUUUGAUUCAUGAGCGCAAGCUUGAUACUGCUUAUCAGAAGCUUGCCUCGUCUGUUUUCCGACGUGUCUUUCGCCUCUAUAUUCCUCCCACCAUCAGCAUGUUCCUUGUCGCUGUGCUAGCUCAAAUCGGUGUCUUCAAGUCCGAGUUCGCCAUUUACAAGGGUCCCGACUCUCACUACAUCAAUGCGACAAUUACUCAUGCUGAUUUGGCUGAGGGUAACUUCUGUGCUAACGGCACCGCUGUGAGAGGGGCAGCAGGUAUUGCUAAUUACCUGGGAAUAGAGACCACCACGUAUCUCCGCAAUACCACUGGAUAUCCUGAAGGAAACACUACAGAAUGGACAGAUAUGCUCCUCUGUGUCAAUCACACAACACGAUCGUACGGACCCUCUCAGCUCUACACCUUGGAAUCCGAGUAUGAAGCUCAGUUCCCCAAGAAUGACACCAACUCCACCAAGCCUGUCAAGGAUACCACUGGCAUGGAGCGACUCGCAGCUCUCAGCUACCUCGAUGACGAAGAUGAUCUGGAUCUCACCUUCGGUAAUGCCACCAAUGCCACAAACCCAUUGAACCUUACUUGGGUUCAGAUGGGAGGCUCAUGGGAGGAGCAUCCCUUCAUCCACCCAAACUUGACAUACGCGAUGAAGAACUUUACCAGAUCCUACGCCGAGUGGGCCAACCCCUUCAACUUCGGUCACUACCAUACACGCUAUGAUCCGCAUACCUUCACAAUCCCAAUGGAAUUCCGUGGCUCGAUGGUCAUUUACAUCUUCCUUCUUGGCACCGCUGCGAUCAAGGCCAAAUGGCGAACGAGAAUCGGUUGCUUCCUCUCGGCGUACAGUCUCUUCAUCGGACGAUGGGACAUGGCGACUUUCUUGGGCGGUAUGUUGCUUUCAGAGCAUGAUGUUCGUCGUUCAUCAGAUCUGCCACCAUCGGCUGCUGGCGCGAAGGGUCGCGGGGGAGAUUUCCAACGGACAACAAAGGGAACGGCGCUGCGAUGGGCUGGUAUCGUCCUGGCGUUGUAUUUCUUGUCGUAUCCCGACUCUGGUGCUGAGUACACGCCGGGUUUCGCCUAUCUUUCGACCUGGGUACCCAAGUACUACACGCCGCUGUCUGGCUGGAUGUUCUACGAGGCGAUGGGCGCCGUGCUCCUCGUUGCGUGCAUCCUGCGAAGUCCGGUGCUCGUUCGCUUCCUUGAGAGCCGCCUCCCGCAGUAUCUAGGAAAGGUCAGCUUCUCGCUGUAUCUUGUCCACGGACCUGUGUUGCAUAGCUUGGGCUUUUGGAUCAUGCCAAGACUGUUCGACAGCUUCGGAAAGACGGGCGGAUACGCGAUCGGUUGGGUUGUUCUUCUGGCCGUCACGUUCUACUUGACGGAUCUGUGGAACAAGAAGAUUGAUGGUUGGAGUGUGACGGUUGGAAGAAGAGUGGAGAAAAUGCUUUCAGAGGACUAAGCUCAAGUGAGGUUACUAUGAGCUUUGGUGGUAAACAAAAGAGGGGACGUGUGACGGGAAUGACAGGACAAUCGGGCCACUGACGGCGGUGAUAUGUAGAGUACUGCAUUUAUGCAACGUUUUGCAUCUGGAGAAUGUUUUCUUGGGUUUCAUAUCAGUAAAAAAAAUGCGAAUAACAAACUUUUGAAGCAUGUAACUCAAACGUGGCCGUUGAGCGGGCGCAUGUUGCACCGCUUUUGAAGCUUCGAAGUUAAUCCAGGGACCGGUUUCGGCAACGACUGAAGCGCAAGAAAAUACUCAAGCUUGGCACUUGAGCUUAUCUGAUCUG